AUGCUGCGGAAAAGAGUCUCGAUCCGAAGUCCGACCUCCUCUCCCCUCGGACUCGACAGUAGCGAUGACGACUUUGGCAUCGACGGUGGCGAGGUCGAAGCUCGUUCGGGGAAGCGCAAACGUCGACGACUCCAACCCGACGUGACUGCGUCUGCUCACACUGCAACGACGCUCCGAGACUUGCUCGGUCUGACGGCUGCCGACGACUUCAUCGAGACAUCCUCCGCACAUCAAAAGGGCAAUCACUAUGGCUCAGCGCCGCGCUCCGCGCCUAGCUCCGACAACGACGGCUUCCAUUCAGCCCCGACAUUGAAGCGCUCACCUAGACCGUCUUCGUCUCUGUCGUCCUCCUCAUCAGAAGAUGAAUUGGUCCUCCCACUAUCGCGCGCAAGGCACAAGCCUGAGGGCUCUUCAUCUCCCGGGAUGUUGCGCAAAAUCUCCGCCGAAUCACCGACGCUCAGGUCGCCUCCUGGAAGUCAAAGAUGUAUCGACUCGGACACCGGCGACGACGAGCCAGAACAGGCCUUAAGCAUCAACACCAAUGGCCAUGCGUCGUUGCCGUUGCUCCACGUCGAGAGCUCUUCGUUGACUGUUGGAGCCAGUCAGACAAGCGACGAAGAGGACGAAGUAUCUCUUGCCGUUAGAGCGCCGAAACAGCUUUCCAAGUCGUCCAUCGACAGACCGACUCCGGUGGAAACUUCUGCCGCGUCCUCCGACAACGCUCACGGCCAGAAGCCCCCCUUCCCCAUUCCCCCCGAGCUCGGAUCCAUCGGUCCUCUGUCGCUCGCACCGGGCAUCGAGGUACCUCAAAGCAUCAAUCGCUUUCUUCGAUCCUACCAGCGCGAAGGCGUCGGGUUCUUGUACAAGUCUUAUGCCGAAGGACGUGGCGCCUUGCUCGGCGACGAUAUGGGUCUCGGAAAGACCAUACAGGUCAUUGCAUUCCUCUCGGCCAUCAUGGGCAAGACGGGCAGAGAAGAGGAUGCCGACCGCCGAAUUGAAGCCGUGCGCAGCGACAGGCAAGGCUCAGGGUACCAUCGCGCCAACGGCAUUUGGCCCACGUGCCUCAUCAUCUGCCCGAGCUCCGUCAUCGACAACUGGCGUCUUGAGCUCGAUACGUGGGGCUAUUUCGAGCAUGCUGCUUUCAGCGGGUCUCGCGCCAAGGACGCACUCGAAUCGUUCCGUCGCGGCCGACUCGAUAUCCUCAUCACCAGCCACGAGACGGCGUCACUGUCAAUCGAGCAGUUGCGCGAUCUCGACCUCUCCUGCGUGCUCAUCGACGAGGCUCACAAGCUCAAGAACCCCAUGUCGCAGAUGACAAAGGCGAUGCAAACGUUCAAGUGCAAAGCGCGAUUCGCGCUGACUGGCACGGCAAUCCAAAACACAUACCGCGAGCUGUACACGCUGGCCGACUGGACCAAUCCUGGGCUCCUGGGGACGGUCAAGGAAUGGAUCACCGAGAUCGAGGAGCCGCUCAAGCACGGUCAGCGGCGCGGCGCGGAUCCAGAACGCAUCGCCGAUGCGAGGACCCGAGCCGAGAAGCUCGUCAAGAAUGUGCUGCCCAUCUUCUUUCUUCGCCGCACCAAAGCUCUGAUCGCUGAUCAGCUGCCAAGCAAAUUCGACAAGAUCGUCUUCUGCCCGCUCACUCCCACGCAGCUGGACGUUUACAAGCGCAUCCUAUCCGAGGAAGAGGUCGACCUCAUGAAACGACACGCCGAUCCCUGCGACUGUGGACGACUCGAUCCGGACACAGGCCUCGCCUACCGACGCCAGAACUGCUGCUUCAAACGUGACUCGAAGGGAGAAUCCUGGAGCAAAAACAUGCUCAAGUACAUCUACCUGCUUCAGAAAUGCUCGAAUCACGUCGCGCUGGUCUUUCCGGACCCAGAAGAUGCAAGCUCGAAAGAGCCGGAUCGAGUCGAGAGGUACGAGCGACAGCUGUCGUACGUCCAGCUCAUGUUCCCGGACAACUGGCAAGGCAAGCGCUGCAACGCUGCCAACGGCAUGAAUCCCGAAUUCUGCGGCAAGUGGAAGGUGCUCGCCGGUCUACUGGAGCAGUGGCAUGCCGAUGGAGACAAGGUUCUAUUGUUUUCGACCAAUCUGCGACUGCUGCAGUUCGUCGAGUUCUUCCUGGCGCGCGAAGGUCACAGCUUUCUCAGGCUCGACGGGACCACGCCGCAGCCGCGAAGGCAGCAGCUCGUCAAUCAAUUCAAUCAGGACAGCAGCAUCUUUGUCUUUCUCAUCUCGACCACGGCAGGCGGCACCGGUCUCAAUUUGACAGCGGCGAAUCGCGUCGUCGUCUUCGAUCCGCAUUGGAACCCUUCCCAUGAUCUGCAAGCCAUGGAUCGAGCGUAUCGGUUCGGCCAAUCCCGAGACGUCUACGUCUAUCGUCUCAUCGGAGCCGGCUCUCUCGAGGAAGUCAUCUAUGGUCGACAACUAUACAAGCAGCAACAGAUGGAGAUCGGGUACAACGCCACAAAAGAGAGGCGCUACUUCGAAGGCGUAGCGGGCGAUCAGGGCAGCCUCGGGGAGCUGUUCGGAUGCAAAAACCUGUUCACGCUUCACGAGAGCAGCCUUGCCAUGAAGUCGAUCAUCGACGAAUGCAACAUAUCGGAGGUCACGUUCGCCUUAGAGGAGUAUCUCAAGGCGGGCUCGCUCGAGGACCAAGCAAGCGUGGAAGCAGCUCUCACUCAGCGUGCUGAGAGCGAACAGACGGACAAGACGAAUGAUGUGACCAAUGUCGACCCGAAUUUGCAAACUCCCAGUGCCACUGGCGCGGAUCCCAUUCGUAGUAUACUCGAAGGCAUCGGGGUUGCCUACAGUCACGAUCAUGCAGCGCUGGUAGGCGACAGCGCUGCCGAGGCUGCACUGUAUCGAGACGUGGCGCAGCUCAGCAAGGCGUCUCCUCAGCGACGAAGAAGUGUACAAUCCAGAGUGACUUCCGACAGUCGGAAAGCGGAACAGCGGCCAGGCGCAUCUAGAGCUUCAUCCAGUGGCUCAAAGAAAGCGACUGUCAAGCAAGAAGCGACUGCAGCUGUUUGGCCGCCACCACGAUCAAGAGUGCCUCCUACGAAUGACGCAGCCACGCAAGAAGAGACGCAGUUAAUGGUGGAUGCAGAACAAGGCCUCUGUCGUGCUGUAGGUAACGACACCGCACCCACCCGUACGCCCAGCUUGCACGAAAUAGCCGAGCUUCAGAACGUGACCGAGGAGGAGCUGGCAGCAGCGGUCAAUGCUAUGACUCCGAUGGAACAGAAAGCAUUCUUUGACGAUGCUGUUCGUCGUUGGAAGCGAAAGCGGGCCGCUCAGGCAGAAGCGGUUGGCCAGCAUCAGCAUCAAUUUUUCUAA